AUGUUCCCAGUAAAUUGCAGCUAUCGUUGGUGGGGUGGGCUUCAGAGGAGAAUCUGCCUGAGCCGGCAAGUGCCAAGCAGGUGGCACAUUGAACAGAUGCAUGUCCGAGUUGGAGACCAUGCUGAACUCAGCAGGGCCUUCACACAGAGGGACGUGGCCGCCUUCUCAGAAUUAACGGGGGAUGUCAAUCCUUUGCAUUUAAAUGAAGAGUUUGCAAAACACACCAAGUUUGGAAAGACAAUUGUACAUGGAGUUUUGAUCAAUGGGCUUAUUUCAGCUCUCCUGGGAACUAAAAUGCCAGGGCCAGGCUGUGUUUUACUUUCACAGGAAAUUAGCUUUCCAGCCCCUUUAUAUGUUGGAGAAGUUGUUUUAGCUUCCGCAGAAGUGCGAAAGCUAAAGCGGUUCAUUGCUGUUAUUGCAGUGUCGUGUUUUGUAAUAGAAAGUAAAAAGACUGUUAUGGAAGGCUUGGUUAAAGUUAUGGUCCCAGAAACUCCCAAAUCCUGAAACGUGUGUAAAGAUGCACGUUCAGGUGCUAGUGGUACUAUUCGUGAGGAGCCUCUGAGGAAAAUAGGUUUUGCUGCUCUUCACUGAAGGAUGGCUUAUAGACCCAGAAGCCUGAGUUGGGGAAGGGGAGCAGGGAGAGGGGUGUGCAAAAGUCCUCUAUCCAAUCCAGUUUUAUGCUUCACGCAGACUUGAGUAUAUUUAUCAUCUGUCUAGGUUUUUAAAAUUGAAAAAUUAUUGGAAAGGUUAUUUAGCUGAAGGUUCUACUUUUAGGAUUUCACAUCUAGUUAGAUAUACAUUUGGAUAACACAAACCUGCCUGUGUCUGUGGAGAGUAAAUUCCUCACUGAAUUUAUAACUACCAUUUAAUUAUUGAGGACAACAACAGAAGUCAGGUCGUCUUUGAACACCUACCUUCUACCAGUCAGCAUUCUUAGAUCCUGUUGAGUAGUUUCCAGGUCAGAGUUUAUUGUAAUUUGUUCCCGUUUAUACCACGAUGGCACCUUGUUCCAUCAUCAGUGGCAUUUGUCUUCCAGAUGGUUUUCCUGUUAUUGGAGAACGGCUUAUGCACACACUUGGACUCAUUUAUGUAAACUCUGUCAAUCUCAUGCAUAAAACGAGGAUAAGGACACCUACCACACAGGAUUGUUGGAGUUGAUAGAUGCAAAUCUCUAAGUACCAGGUCUAGCCUGUAAAGUAGCCACUACUGUCAUCCAUUUUCCCCUGUCAGUGAGGUUAGAGAUUGUCCUCAGUUUAAAGCAAACUGGCCCACAACUAAACAGAUGACAAGCUAAUUUUUCAGGAUGUCAAUCAGUCUAAACCUGGGCUAGUUUGAAUGCAAAAUUUGUUUUGGUAAUCCAGAUUAUUUUCUCCCUCCCUUGAAAAUACUGUGGAUUCUCCCCUUUAUAAAUAAUACAUGCUUAUUGUAAACAUAUUGUAAGAAAUAAAAUGUAUAAGGAACACUGGAGGCCAAAUUCUUAAAAGAGUUGAGGGGUAGUGAAAAUUAAACAGUAUCAAAAAAAAAAAUUGAGGGGUGCUGAAGAGGAAAUGCGCUUAAUGUGUUAGUACUGAGUGAUCAUCCCCAAUGCAGCCAACAUAACAUAAUCUGUAGUACAGCAUCCACUUCUGCUCUGUAGCUUUAUAGAGCGGUUCUACAGCUAGAUGCUUUGAUCAGGAAGAUGAGAUCAAGUGUAAUUGGAGGGAUCAACUCACUUUUCCUGGCAAAAGGUUUUUCUCCUGGUGGAUCAGUAACUAGAUUUUGUUUUUACAUCAAAGGUAGAAGUUAAGCAGAUUACUAGAAAAAGUCAUUCUGGGCACUAGAGGGCAGUGAUGUGUAUAAAUAUUUUUAAACUGUUAGGUGUUGUAUCGUACACUAGUUGGUGAUGGGUGAGAUGAAAAUACUAAAAUCAAUGUGAGAAACAAGGAUGCCAUUCCCAUGGACUUCAGAAUAGACAGCAUGUGCGGGCUCAGGUGCACCUGAAGAAGACUCAUUUGUAAGGUGAAAGACUACACAAGCUGAAGUUUUGAUACAGCAUUGGAAAACAAAAUGGAAAUUCUGAAAGCUAGAACAAUCCUGAAAUUUGUAUGGAACCACAAAAGACCCGGAAUGUUGAAAGCCAAAAUAAUGUUGAAAAAGAAAACCAAAGUGGGA